CAUUCCCCUAAGCGUCCUGCGUGAAAAUAUGCGCCUCCCCUUGAAGCGGCUACGAAACAGGAAGUUGUCGCGCAGCGCUGUCAUUCAAGGAAAGCUUCAAGCUAGCUAGCAAGUUGUUUGUUUGAGAAAAUACUUGCUCAAGCUGCUUGAGAAAUGAGUAUCCCGGACUACAUGCAGUGCGCUGAGGACCACCAGACUGUCCUGGUGGUGGUCCAGCCCGUGGGCAUUGUCCCGGAGGACCAGUUCUUCCGCAUCUACAAGCGAAUCGCCAGCGUCAACCAGGUCAGCAUCCGCGACUCCCAGAGGCUCCUGUACAUCCGCUACCGGCAUCACUACCCCCCGGAGAACAACGAGUGGGGGGACUUCCAGACGCACCGCAAGGUGGUGGGCCUCAUCGCCGUGACCACCUGCGGGUCGAGCAAGGAGUGGCCGCAGACGUCGGACCGGUUCCACGGGCAGAAGGAGGUGUUCGGCUCCACGCUGUACGACUCCCGCCUGCUGGUGUUCGGCCUGCAGGGCGAGAUCGCCGAGCAGACCCGCACCGACGUGGCCUUCUACCCCAGCUACGACGAGUGCGAGGACGUGGAGAAGAGAGUGGAGGACUUUGUGGAGUCCAUCUUCAUCGUGCUGGAGUCCAAGAGGCUGGACAGGGCCACAGACAAGUCCGGGGACAAGAUCCCCCUGCUCUGUGUCCCCUUCGAAAAGAAGGACUUUGUGGGUCUGGACACGGAUAGCAGGCACUAUAAGAAGCGCUGCCAGGGGCGCAUGCGGAAGCACGUGGGGGACCUGUGCCUGCAGGCGGGCAUGCUGCAGGACGCCCUGGUCCACUACCACAUGGCCGUGGAGCUGCUGCGCUCCGUCAAUGACUUCCUGUGGCUCGGGGCUGCUCUGGAGGGCCUGUGCUCUGCCUCGGUGAUUUACCACUACCCAGGAGGCACCGGGGGCAAGUCCGGCAGCCGCAAACCCAGCAUCUCCCAAGCGGCGGACGCGGGGAAGAGGCACCGCCCAGGGGCACAGGAAGUUCUCAUUGAUCCAGGCGCCCUCACCGCCAACGGGAUCAGCGCCGACACCAGCAGCGAGAUCGGUCGUGCCAAGAACUGCCUGAGCCCGGAGGACAUCAUAGAGAAGUACAAGGAGGCCAUCUCCUACUAUGGAAAGUACAAGAACGCUGGCGUGAUCGAGCUGGAGGCCUGCGUGAAGGCGGUCCGGGUGCUGGCCAUCCAGAAGAGAGCCAUGGAGGCCUCCGAGUUCCUGCAGAACGCCGUCUACAUCAACCUGGGCCAGCUGUCCGAAGAGGAGAAGAUCCAGCGCUACAGCAUCCUGUCGGAGCUCUACGACCUGAUCGGCUUCCACCGCAAGUCGGCGUUCUUCAAGCGGGUGGCGGCCAUGCAGUGCGUGGCCCCCACCAUCCCCGAGCCCGGCUGGAGGGCCUGCUACAAGCUCCUGCUGGAGACUCUGCCCGGCUACAGCCUGUCCCUCGACCCCAAGGACUUCUGCAAAGGUACCCACCGCGGAUGGGCGGCGGUGCAGAUGCGGCUUCUUCACGAGCUGGUGUACGCCUCGCGGCGCAUGGGCAACCCGGGGCUGUCCGUCCGCCACCUGUCCUUCCUGCUGCAGACCAUGCUGGACUUCCUGUCCGAUCAAGAGAAGAAGGAGGUGACCCAGAGCCUGGAGAACUACACGUCCAAGUGCCCCGGGGGCAUGGAGGUGAUCGCGCUGCCGGACGGGCUGAAGCUGCCGCCCGUCCCCUUCAGCAAGCUGCCCAUCGUCAGGUCGGUCAAGCUCCUCAACCUGCCCCUCAUCCUGCGGCCGCACAAGGUGAAGGGGCUUCUGGGACAGAACAUGGCCACCAAGAGCCCGUUCAUCUAUUCGCCCAUCAUCAUGCACAACCGCGGGGAGGAGCGCGGUAAGAAGAUCGAAUUCCAGUGGGUGCAAGGUGACGUGUGUGAGGUGCAGCUAAUGGUCUACAACCCCAUGCCCUUUGAACUGCGCGUGGAGAACAUGGGUCUCCUGACGUCAGGGGUGGAGUUUGAAUCCCUGCCCGCCGCCCUCUCCCUGCCCGCGGAGUCCGGCCUCUACCCCGUCACCCUGGUGGGCGUUCCGCGCACCGCCGGCAACAUCACGGUCAACGGGUACCACACCUCGGUGUUUGGCGUGAACAGCGACUGCCUGCUGGAGAGCUUGCCCGGGGUGAAGACGGGCGGGGUCGCCGUGGAGGUGGUGCCCGCUCUGCCACGCCUUCAGCUGAGCACCUCCCUCCCACGGUCAGCGAACGCCCUGCAGCCGCCCUCGGGGGAGGAGCUUUCCAGCUGCGUGUCCGUCCAGCUCUUCAACGGCGAGACCCAGGAGCUGGUCAUCACGCUGGAGAACAUCGGCACCGAGCUCCUGGAGACGCUCGACGUGACCUCCAAGACCCUCAGCACCAAAGGUAAGGGAGUGCCUCAAACCGGCCCCUCUUCGCCACACAACGUAGGCCGUUUGACGGUCGCAUACAGCUGUAAUCAGUACACGGCUCUGCCCCGCCCCGCCCCGCCCCGCCCCACCGUCAGAAGUCCGGCCACCACGUCCGAUUUGAGCGAUCGGACGUGGUUCGAGACACCCGCCUUUGAUGUUGCCAAGCCGACCGGGCGGGACGAGUGGCGCUACCGCAGCUGGAGUGGGGGCCACAGAGUGAUGGCGAGGUUCACUAGGUCCGACGCUGUGUCCCACACUCAGAGCUGCGCUGUGUCCCACACUCAGAGCUGCGCUGGGUGCAGCUGUAUCAGCAUGGCAGCCCGGAGCCCCUCGUCCCGGCGCUGGGGAGGGGCGUCGGGCACCGACCCCGGUCCCGCCCCGUACGCUCUCCCGCCGUUAGCUCGGUGCCGUCAGUCCGGUGGCGGCUCUGAGCGCUCGCCUGAAGGGAACGCGCCGGCCUCCGUCUGCGAGGGAUCAGCGCUCAGCAGAGACCGGCUACCGCUCUGCUCCGGUCGAUGUCUCUCCGGCGGGCUGGAGGCCGAGGAGCCCGCGCAUCGACGCGGCGCCGGCGGCGAGCCGGUCCCCACGGAAACCAGCGCUCGCCCGAUUGACGUCAGGACCCCGAGCGCGGACGUCGCCGUGGAGACGGCGCCCGUGCGCAGCAUGCAGAGAGCCCCGGCGCUGGGCUGGGCGCGUUGCGGUGUCGUUGCAGACGGGAUCAGCGUGACGGGGCUGCCCAUCUCCAGCCCGCUGAGGCAGGUCCUGAAGCCCCGCGCCGAGAACAAGUCCGUCGGCGGCGAGCCCGGCAAAGCCGAGUACAACCACGUCAAGACUUUGGAGGCCAUCCUGAACUUCCGGUACUCUGGAGGGGCGGGUCACGCGGAGGGCUACUACCGGGAGGUGUCUCUGGGCCUGCGCCUGGACGUGGAGCCCUCUGUGCUCUUCACCCGCGUGGCCACGCUGCCCGCCACCAGUACCCGCCAGUGCCACCUGCUGCUGGACGUGUUCAACUCCACUGAGCACGAGCUUACUGUCAGCGCCAAGAACAACCAGGACCUAGUGCUGCACGCCAGCGAGUGCCAGAGGAUGGCCAUCCAGGUGGACAAGUUUGACUUUGAGAAUCUUCCGGAACCGGACGAGGAGAGGGUGCGCUUCACAAACCCGAAGCAGCUGGAGGAGGAGCGUCAGCAAGCGCAAGGCUACGAGAUCAACAGCAAGCUGGGCAUCUGCUGGCAAAUCCCGUCACUACGCCGCCGGGGUGAGGCCAGCGUGGAGGGGGUGCUCAACCAGCUGGUCCUGGAGCACCUGCAGCUGGCGCCUCUGCAGUGGGACGUGGUGGUGAAUGGGAAGCCGUGUGACUGCGACAUCAUCGCGGACUGCAAGGUCGGCGAUAUGGUGCCCCUAGAGGUCAAGCUGACAAACCGCAGCAAGAACGCGGUGGGCCCUUUUGCUCUGACCAUAAUCCCCUUCCAGGACUACCAGAACGGGGUCCACAACUACGACCUGCAAGACGCCGUCACCUUCAUCGGUUCCAACACCUUCUAUAUUGAGACGGUCAAGCCCACAGAAAACUCCAUCUGUGUCGGCGCUCUCCUUUUCCUCUACACCGGAGACUUCUACCUGAACAUCAAGUUCCAAGACGACAACUCGGGCCGCGAGCUCCCCUUGGCUUGGUUCUGUUUGCCCAGCGUCCACAUUAAGGCCCAGGACCCCGCCCUUGAGAUGGCCUCCUGAAGCUACCGGCCCCCCGUGUUUUCCAGGGACCUCUUUCUCACGUCGGGGGAACCCGGUUUGAUUUCAGACGAGGGGCAGCUCUGAGCCGGCGACUCCGGUCCUCUCUUCAAUUACACGGGCAUCAGGAGCUUUGCACAUAAAUAGAUUCUGUAACCUGCUGUAUUCCUGUGUACAUCCUGGUCUUAAAAGCCAGCGCAAUGUGGCUAAUAGUUUAGCAGUGCGCGACAACAUGUUUUUGGGUCACUUUGACACUGAGGUCUUUAAAGAUAAUUCAGUCCCAGGACACAGGUCAUCUGAGAAAGCAGUCCUUCCACACAUGGAGACAUUAUCAGAACCUACCUGUCUUUUUUUUUUUUUGUUUUUUUUUUUGGAGGAGGGGUUUGGAUCAAACGUCAUCUGGGGGUCAAAAUGAUAUAAUAAGUCUACCUGCGCAUCGAAUGUCCCUGAUCACUGAAUUUUCCGUAAAGGACCUGGGAACCAGUCACAGAAAGCUGCGAAAAGCUAGAGUCAACGGCACGGUCUCUUUAACGUUCACUUUAGCAUUCGCUGCGUGUGCUGUGUAAGUCUUCUCUGGAUGCUUGUUGCUAAGGAAGUCUUCUCAAGGAAGAACUGAACUCUUGCCCCCCCCCCUCUUUUUUUUAAGAUUGUGCCCCUUUGAUGCAAACAGUCUUAAAGGCAAGUAGAACCAAAUGCAAUACCCUCACAGAGGGUAGAAAUAUAUGUUCUUUAUCACAUACCAAACAAUUAUCUAGAGCAUGGACCUUAAGCUCGUUUGUGAUUCUUCAAGAGUCCAUGCAUCGUAUACUUGGCGUUUCAUAGGUUUACCUCUUAAUAGUGUCCAGUGACCUCUGAUUACUUUUAUGGUUAAAAAGAUCCUAGCAGGUUUCCAGCUUUCUGUCCUAACGGUAUCAAAGGGUUACUGUUGAAUACAAGAGGUGCAUUAAUGUAUAAAUAGUGCAGGAUAUGAACUGUUGCUGAAGAUGUGUGAAAUUCACCCUCAGUGUAUGGCAGUAGGCAGAUAAUGGUAAUCGAACUGUGUUGCAUUUGAAUUUACUUGCAUGCUCAUACAGUAAGUAGCUUGUUUCAGCACAAAGUUGGUACAGGCACAUUUAUACUACUGACCUUUUGCAUUUAUUUUAUCCAAUUCAAAAUUCGAUAUCAGUAAAAUAUACAGUCCUUUGUGUACGCUAAGUCUUGUAAAUAAUAAAUGUUGAAGUAGAUGAACUAUUA